AUGCAUCAGGAUUCUAACAUGCAUCACAGGCUGGCUGAUCUCUGGGCAGCCCACGGCACUUACUACAACUGCUGCGGCCCCACAGAAACGACAAUCGUCAACACCAUGUCCAAGCACGUACCCGGUGCUCCCCUUUCCAUCGGAGCACCCACUCCCAACAACUCGGUCUACAUCCUGGAUGAGCAGCUCAACCCCGUGCCUUUUGGCGAGCCUGGAGUGAUGUGGGCUGGAGGUGCCGGCGUCUCCCGUGGAUACAUUGGUCUCCCUGAAAAGACGCAGGAGAAGUACCUGCCGGAUCCGUUUGCCAACGAUGGGACACAUGUGUACAACACUGGCGAUCUGGGCAAGUGGAACGAAGACGGAAGCAUUGACAUUCUGGGACGAGUGGAUGAUCAGAUCAAGAUCAAGGGAUUCCGCGUCGAGCUCGACGGCGUCUCCGCCUCGCUCUCAUCCGGCCCCGGCAUCACAGGUGCUGUCGCUCUCUUUAUCGACAAUGAGAUCCACGGCUUCGUGUCGCCGCGGGUUUGCGACUUGGAUGCGCUCAAGGAGCACCUGUCAAAGCUCCAGCCCUACUACGCCGUGCCUACAAAGUUCCACUGCAUGGACGAGCUCCCGCACACGGCCAACGGCAAGCUGGACAAGAGGGCGCUCCGCGAGUACGCGGCGACCAAGCAGAGCCUCGCGUCGGCGUCGGACAGCAACCUCUCGGCGACCAGCGACAGCAACCUGUCACAGACGACCACUGCAACGUCCAUGGACGAGAAGAAGGAGAUGCAGCAGCAGCAGCAGCAGCAGCAGCAGAUGGACCUCAGCGCCGAGGUGCCGGAAAAGACGUGGAAGAAGCCGGUUCGAAACCUGGUCUACCGCGUCUUUAUCGUGUACCGGUUCCUGUUCUCGGUCGUCGGCAUCGCCAACCUCGUCGCUCUGGUCUGCAUCCUCGCCACCGGCGUCCCGCGCGUGUGGCUCUCCAACAUGACGGCCAUCAACCUCGUCUUGGCCGUCCUCAUCCGCCAGGACCACGUCAUCAACGCCCUCUACACCAUCUGCUGCUCGAUCCCCAAGUCCUGGCCGGUCGGCAUCCGUGCCCGCGCCGCAAAGAUCUACCACCUCGGCGGCCUGCACUCGUCUGCCGCCUUUUGCGCAGGCGUGUGGCUGCUGGCCUCGACCGUCAACGGCGCCGUGUGCUCCCUCACCGACUGCGGCCCGGCCUCUGGUCCCCAGCAGUCGGUCGCGUCGGCCUUCAUCUCGUGGCUCCUGAUUAUUUUGUUCGGCGUCAUGUUCGCCUUUGCCUACCCGCCCAUGCGCAAAAAGUACCACGACCGCUUCGAGCUCGUGCACCGCUUCGUGGGCUGGUCGAUGCUGGGCCUCUUUUGGAUCGAGACCUUUGUCAGCGCCAGCGACACGGCCCGCGCCACCGGCCUCGAGCUCCACGUGGCCCUCGCCCAGUCCGCACCCGUCUGGCUGCUGGCCGUCGCGACCUUUAGCAUCGCCCUGUCGUGGAUGUACCUGAGAAAGGUGGCGGUCGACGCCGAGGUGCUGUCGGACCACGCGGUCCGGCUCCACUUUGACUACACGGUGCCGGUCAACGGCAGCUUCACGCGCAUCUCGAACCGCCCGCUGCUGGAGUGGCACUCGUUCGCGACGGUGCCGGCCCCGCAGCCCGUCGCCGGCCGCCCCGCCGGCUACUCGCUCGUCGUGUCCAACGCCGGCGACUGGACGAGGUCCGUGAUCCAGAACCCGCCGCGCCACCUGUGGGUGCGCAGCGCCCCGACCUGCGGCGUCAUGCGCGUCGCCACGCUCUUCAACCGCGUCGUCGUCAUCGCCACCGGCUCCGGCAUCGGCCCCCUCAUGGGCCACAUCCAGAACCCCUCGUGCGCCACCCAGCUCAUCUGGAGCACCCCCAGCCCCGAGAAGACGUUUGGCAAGGGCCUGCUCGACACCAUCCACGCCACCAUCCCCGACGCCGUCAUCCACGACACGCGCCUCCUCGGCCGUCCCGACCUGGUCAGGAUGGGCUACAACCUGGCAAAGAGCUUUGGCGCCGAGGCCGUCAUCAUCAUCGCCAACGAGAAGAUUACAAAGAAGGUGGUCUAUGGGUUGGAGACGAGGGGAGUUCCUGCCUAUGGCGCCAUUUGGGAUAGUUGA